AUGCUGAGGAAGUUCAUAAUUAAUAGUAAAAAAAUGUUUGCUUUGGCUGUCUGGUGCCACCAUGUAUACAAUUAUGAUUCGCACUUUAGCGUUCUCAUCAGACGGUCAGCAAAGGUUGGACAAAGACGCAAGAAACAGUUCAACCAGGGUCCCAAAGCAAAGUACUUGGAAUGGCAGAAAUCAUCCGGUAGCUCAGCUGGCACGAGUUUGAACAAACUUGUUACUUCUACUGAAACGUCGCUCGAUGCUCCUUCAGCGGGCGUUGUAAGCACUGUUGCAAUUACCGAAGUGCCGACCACGAAUCCUAUCUCGAUUCCAGGAACAGUUGUGCGUUAUGCAAAAACUUCGCCCAUGGUCGACACCGUCCUGGAAAAGCCGAUCUCUGACCAUAUCUCUAACAAAAGCUUUGGCUUAGAAGGAUCUAUGAUGCAUGAUGAUGAUGAUCUCAGCCCUCUAAAACGACCUAGAACCGAGGCGUCUCUCCUGGAACAUAUACAUAAGAAGACAAAGCUUAAUGUCAUUCAGCUCCCAGUAUCAUAUAACCAUGAGGAAGAUGAUCAUCACCGAUUUGAUUCAAUCUCCAAGGCAUCAUCAUUGACACGGGGUCGGGAACAACAAAAAGCAGAAGAAUCUCAGAAUAUAUGCGAGGCAACAGAUGAAGGGGGCUCGGGAUUCAGACAGCAGAAGCAUGAUCCUUUGGAUUUACCUAGACCAAUCGCAAAACGCUUCAAAGCGCCACUACCGAAGCAAGCGAUGAAUUCUACUAUCUGCGCAAGCCGCACAAUAAUGUCAAACUCGAACACACUGCCAACUUCAAAAAAUAUUGCUUCUUAUCUGGCCAAUGGUUCACGAUAUCUGGACUUCUACUGGUCUGGAGAUCUGCCUUCUCUGCCUUCUAUUUCACUUCCUCCUACGGUAUCUCAAAGGAAACAAGUUGCUCGGCUUUCAUUAGUCUUGAGCGCGAUAUCUUUUGAUGACCUCAAGUCUUGCUCUCUGGUUUCACGAGUGUUUCGUUACUCUGCAUAUCUUUCUGCGUUUCAUCAAUUAUUGCGCAAAUUUCCUGGUAAAAGGCUGCAAACCGUUCUCAGUCGUUAUUCCGUUAAUAUGACCAACUUCUGGCCAUACCUUCAUUUCCGUGAAAAGGAAAUGGAGUUAAGAAAACGUAUAUAUGAACAGUCAUUUCUACCAAGCGCUUUGAAAGACGGUUUUGACAUUGAUGAACGUUUGUGGUCGAGCCCCGAUCACGAAAAGCAGCUUACCGUUGCGCUGAGGUGGUUUUUAAUCACAAAACUCUAUUUCGUGGUCUCCGUCGGCAACUGCACCGAUGGAUUUAAAGGCGCAGGUAACAUAUUAGGAAAAGUCGUCGAUGCACAGGAGAUAAUUGAAGACGAAAUCUGGAAAGUUACAUACUGCUCCUCAACAUCGGUCGAGACAUUUUAUGUCAUUCAAGAAACUUGCGAAGUAAUUGGAGGGUCAAUGGCGCCUGUUUCGUCUCCAAUGCAACAGAACAAACUUCGAAUAGAUUGGGGAGCAUAUAUUAGAAAAAUUUCCGACAGGAGCGAUGACGUUGGACAUAUUGGGCUGUCUAAACGAUUACGCUGGACUAACCAUGAGGAGUACGAACAAGGAAUAAGCAAAGCCUGGUUGAAGAGAAUUCAAGGGGAAGGGCAAAUCGGUCUGGAAAAGCUUAGCGUUGCCAACCGUUAUGUUCUUGCUUGUGUUACAAGUAAUAGCAUUAGUGGACCAUGGCGCACAGUAAGUGAAAUGAUGCAAGAAUUUGAUGGUCGACCAUCCAUAAGCGAUACACGGAAAUAUGGAGCCCAAAAUCUAAAUCUGUUCUUACCAGCACACCACCACGUCGAAAGUGUCCAUUUUACAACGACAUACGGUGAACCACUUCAUCCUGCAUUAGCUGUGGUACAAACUCCUGCAAGGGAGUAUUUCAUUUUGAAAGACAACGGUAUGCAAGUUGGAUGUGAGGAGGAAGGGAUUGCUUUGGUAUGGAUAGAAUUGAUCAAAUGCACAUCGACGGGACGUCUUAAUUUGUAG